AUGUCAACAAUCACAGCAAUUUCCAAAGACCAAAUCGCUUGUGAAAUGUGCACCACUUGUGAAAACCCAUGUCAACCUAUUUUGCCUCCAUCACCACCACCACCAUCACCGUCACCUCCGCUUUUAUGCCCUCCUCCACCAUCACCACCACCACCACCGUCACCGCCUCCUCCACCACCGGUCAAUUAUUGUCCACCACCACCUCCACCACCGGCACGACGUUCAUGCCCGGAAGAUUGCUCUCUACAACCUCGUUCACCACCUUAUUCCAUAUAUCCUUAUUUUUCGCCACCUUUAGCUUACUCUAAUAAAUCCACUCGAUACAAAAAUCAACCUUUCGUUACUUGUCUUAUUAUUGCCAUUGCAUGUCUUUUUAAAACUUUCGGGCUAAUGUAG